AUGAAUCAUCUCAAACUCCUCCCUCUUGCAGGAACCAUUUCCUGCAUAAUUGCCAUCUUUUGCAUAUUUAUCACAGCUCUUGUCAAAGGUUUGGGUGACAUCACCAACGGUCCAGCACAGAAUUUAAAAGAUUACGUUCCUGUCUUGUAUGUGACGGCCUCGGCCAUCUUUUUGUUGUACACCUUGUUUUGGAAUCAGGGUUACACUACCUUCACGGAACACGAGGCCUUGCAACAAAGAUUCGAAAAGGAAGGGUAUCAAAAUGUUGACGGCCAUCAUGAUAAUGAUGGUGACCCAAAUCACAACAAGGGACCAUCUCUAACGCAAGUCAAGUAUGGAGGUCAAAACAAAAAGAUUCGAAAUGCGGAUCGAUUUGUAGGAAAUCUACAAGAGCAAAUGAUUCCUUUCCUGAUCAGCAUGUAUGCCUAUUCAACCUAUGUCAAUGCCAGGAGUGCCGCUCAAAUUGGUUGGGCGUGGCUCUUUUUUCGAUCCUAUUAUCCCUUUACAUUUACGAGGUUUCCUUUGCUAUUCGCGUCGACUCUUCCAGCCUAUGGAUGUGUAUGGUUUAUGCUGCUUCGUGCCGUCUAUGCCGCCACCACGACCACAUGA